CAUACGUGUAAUUCCAGCACUGACAGAAGUGCAAGCAUAGCCUGGACUACAUAGUGACUAACCUGGGCUACAGAGUGAGCAUGCGUCUAAAAUGUCGAGGUUAAUAAAUAACCUGCCCAAAUAACAAUAAUGUCUUAGUUAGGGUUUCUUUUCUUCUUUUUCUCUCUCUCCCCACAUUUUCUCUGUGUAUCCCUGGCUAGCCCAGAACUCAUUCUGUAGACUAGGCUGGCCUUAAACUCAGAGAGAUUAGAUUGCUUCUGUCUCCCAAGUGCUGGAACUAAAGGUAUGCACCACCACCAGCCAAGUCAGGGUUAUUAUUGCUGUGAUGAAACACCAUGAACAAAGCAACUUGGGGUAGGAACAGUUUAUUUGACUUAGACUUCCAUAUCACUGUUCAACAUUGAAGGAAGUCAGGACAGGAACUUAACAAGGCAGGAACCUGGAGGCAGGAGCUGACACAGAGCACAUGGAUAGGUUCUGCUUACUGCCUUGCUUCCCAUCACUUGCUUAGCCUGCUUCCUUAUAGAACCCAGGACCACCAGCCCAGAGACUGCACCAUCCACAAUGGCUUGGACCCUCCCCCACCAAAUCACUACAGCUGGAGAAAAUUCCCUUCUGCCAGAUUGUGCAGAGGCAUUUUCUUUCUUUCUUUUUUUUUUUUUUUGGUUCUUUUUUUCUGGAGCUGGGGACCGAACCCAGGGCCUUGCGCUUCCUAGGUAAGCGCUCUACCACUGAGCUAAAUCCCCAGCCCUGCAGAGGCAUUUUCUUAAAUGGGGUUCCCUCCUUUAGAUAACCCUAACUCAUGUCAAGUUGACAUAAAACUAUUCAGCACAAAUACUCAGUGUUGGCAUGGGAGCCUACAGCCUCCAAAUCCAGUGGUGAUGUCACCCAUGGGUGAUAAGAACCCAUGCAUCUGUUGCUAUGGCAACUGUCAUACAUUCCUACCAUUCACCUGCCCAUCCUUAACUGUGUGCAGGGUUGUUGGGUGUGAUUAAGUCAUGGUCCAAAUAAAAGGCAAAGCCCCCGACCUUCACUCUCUCUUUCCUUCUUUUUUUGUCGUCCCUUCAUCCCCUUUCCUCUUUUCCCCUUCUCCCCUAAUAAACUUUCCUCUCUUGUGGAGCUGUUCUGGCCUUGUGUGAUCUCUCCCCAUACAAGCUGCCAUUCUAACAGUCAUUAUUAGGUCAUUUUUUUUCUUUUAAAACUUCCAGCCAGGUCUGGUGCCACACAUCUUUAAUCCCAGCACUGCAGAAGCAGGGGCAGGAGCAUUUCCAUCCGUUCUAGGCCAUCCAGGCUCGUUUCAAAAGUGAGAAAUAGGUUAGGGGAGUAAAGAAAGAGACCACCAUUCUAAUCAAAAUGUCUGGACAAGGCAAGCUUGACUUCAUGAAGAGGAUGUGCUCAGAAGAACAAACACAUUGAAAAAGAAUUUGAUUUAUAUGUAAUUCAGUUGGUGACCUGUGUCUUUCCCAUUGGUGGGGGCUCUUAGCAUAUCUUAGGGUUUUACUGCUGUGAGUAGACACCAUGACCAAGGCAAGUCUUAUAAAGGACAACAUUUAAUUGGGGCUGGCUUACAGGUUCAGAGACUCAGUUCAUUAUCAUCAAGGGGGGAGCAUAGCAGCAUCCAGUCAGGCAUGGUGUAGGAGGAGCUGAGAGUUCUACAUCAUCUUACAAAGGCAAACAGGAGAAGACUGGCUUCCAGGCAGCUAGGAUGAGGGUAUUAAAGCCCACAUCCACAGUGACACACCUACUCCAAAAAGGCCACAUCUCCUAAUAGUGUCAUUCCUUGGGUCAAGCAUAUACAAACCACCAUAGACCACAUAGUCUUAAUUCUAGUGACUAUUCUAAAAAGAAUUGGCACACAGGAAAUGAGAAGAGGAAAUCAAGUCCUGGAAUACAUCACAUUUCUGGCUCCAACUAGGUGGAAAGAUUAAGACAUUUGUCUAAAUGUCAUUCAAGUUGGGGGUGUGUGUGUGAAAAAGGUGUAAAUAUUUUGCUCCUGUGUGAAAGGGGGCACAGGAAGAACAGUGGGAGAGAAUAGUGGAGAUCCUGAGACAGUAACAGAUGGCAGGAGCAGGGGGAAAUCCUUGUCCCAGGGGCGGGGCUCUGGGCUUAGCAUAGUGCAGGGGUGGGGAAGGUGAAAGGCCAGGAGGCUAGGGGUAGGGGUAUUUGUGAAUAGGGACUGUAGGACCUUGAUAUGCAACCACUGGUGUCUGUCAGUGAAGAGCCAUAUGUCCCAUCUGCUAGGAAGGGAACUGAAAUCUAACUGCUGGGCCAAGACUGUUGUUUUGGCUAUUACGGACGUCCUGAGACCUAACAGUACUAAACACACGCUUUACAAUUUUUGAUAGAAAAGACUCAUAUUUGAUGAUUUCUUACACCAAGCAACAAUAAGAACAAUUAUAUUUUGCUGUUCUUUUUUCUAAGUUUGAGUAGGUUUCUUGAGGACAAAUAGCUAGAAAUACAGAGUAACUUCUUAUACUUUUGGGGCAAUUUCGUUAAAAAGCGGAGGUACUCGGUAUUUUUAAUUUUUUUGUCAACCUAAAUUUUAAAGUCAACGGGUUAAAAUCCUAAAUCAAGUUUUACUUUUCCUUAGCGACACUGUGGGUGAAAAAUCCCCACCGCCUAGGCCGUGGCUCGCAGGCAAAACAAGGCCCAGGAAGCGCGACCUCCGGCAGAGGUGGGAGGGGCAAGGGACUUCCGGUCGGAGGGAGGCGACUACUAGUGCGCAAGCGCGAAUCCCACUUCUGGCUUUCUCUCUUCCCCUCCCCCUCCCUUCCCCAGCCCGAGGGGUCCUGAGGUGACAGCGCCUGGAAGUGGGACUGGAGGAGCUGGCGGUGGAGAAGAUGGAUAGGGCCAGGCCUGGGCGUCGGCGAGCUUCGUCAGAGAUUGUUACAGAGGGAAAAAGGAAAAAGUCAUCACCUGCUGAUUUACAGAAGAUAACGAAGUUGUUAACUGUAAAGUCAGAGGAUGUUCUUGCUCAGUCACCACUGCCCAAGCUCAGAGGCUCAGAAUGCUGGGACUUCCCUUUGGAGGGGUGGACAAGAAGCCUAAGAAAUAAAGUCAUCUGUCUAGACCACAAAACCACAAAAGCUGCCCAUGGGUGUCCUCCUAAAGCAUUACCAAAAAGGCAUCUCAAAGUUAUGUUGACGAAUGUUCUAUGGACGGACUUAGGACGAGAAUUCAGAAAGACCCUGCCUAGAAAUGAUGCUAAGUUAUGUGAUACCAGCAAGGUGCAAUCAGACUCAUUGCCUUCGACAUCUGUUGACAGCAUAGAGACAUGUCAAAGAUUAGAUCCUCUUCACCAAAGCCUUAAUUUAUCUGAAAGGGGCUCAAAACCAAGUAGGACAGGUGACAUUUCUGCAAAGGAGGCUGCAAAUGGGAGACAGGAGCAGGGGGAUGAUGGAGACAUCGCACCUGAGAUGGUUACCCCUCAGUCUAAAGACUUUAAUAGUGGAAAUAAAGGUGAUUAUCAUGAAGAGGGGACCAGCAACAAGAACACUUCAUAUUCUCAUUCAGAAACGGACCAUACUCCAGUUUCCAGGAAGAGAAAGAAAAGGGGAAGAAGUAAUUUUCAUAAUUCUCAUAAUCCUAAGUCUUCUGUGGAUAAGUCAACAGAAUAUAUAAAAGAAGAAGAAAAUGAGUCUACAGUCUCCAGUAAGCUUGAAGAGUCCAAUGAAGACUCUCACCAGGACCCAGCACCACCCGAAGGACUCACUCCGGACUCUUUGGAGACCGAGGCCACUAACGUGUGCUCAUUCGUGGUUCAGGAGCCAGAUGUUAGUGCUGCCUCUGGAAGGGCCUGCUCACCCAACAAAAGCUCGGAGAGCUCUGUUUCUAGUGAAGUGGCAGAGAAUUCUUCGGCGGCUGAGAAGGGUGAGGCAUCGACUGUAAAGGAAGCACCUCCUCCAGGAGGAAACAGUGAAGAGAACCAGUUGUUGAUGUCAGCUGAGCCAAUUGUUGUUUCCAGUGACGAAGAAGGACCGGUUGAACAUAAGAAUUCAGUAAUUCUAAAAUUACAGCCUUCUCAAGAUUAUGAAUUUAUGAGUGAAAAUCAGACUACUUCUGAUCCACAGUUGUCAGAAUUAAUGCUGGGUGCAUGUGAAUCUGUACAGGUAUCAUCUGAAUUAUGUCCGUACAAUCCUGACAUGGAAAACAUUUCUUGUAUUAACCCUAAUAGUGAAAUGGAUCUGAAAUUGGAUUUCAUAUUUACUUGUGUGUAUAUUGGUAAAAUAAAAGGAACUUCAAAAGGUUGUAUCACGUUCACAAAGAAGUAUAUUAAAAUCCCAUUUCAAGUGUCUAUGAAUGAGAUUUCACUGACUGUGGACACGGCACGUUUAAAGAGGUUCGGGUUAUGGGAAAGCAAGGAUGAUGACCACAGUAAGAGGAGCCAUGCUAUCCUUUUCCUCUGGGUUUCCUCAAACUACCUUCAAGACAUUCAGACCCAGUUAGAAAACCCUAUGCUAAGCCAGCAAUCAAAAGCCAAUGAAUUCAUUUUCCUUGAGUUAAAUAGUCCCAUUUCACAAAGAGAAGAAUUGAAAUUGAAAGAUAUUAUGAUGGAAAUCGGUGCGACAAAUGGAGAAUUACAGCUCUCCUGUCCGUUGCCCUGGGUUCAGGCAUUUCCUUUGUUUCAGGAUCUCUCUCCACAAGAAAUCUCUUUUCUUCACUAUUACUGUGCUUCAGCUUCCUCUUUCCCUGCUGUUGCUGGAGCAGACAUGAAGAAGAAGCCAGUGUCUCAGCCCUCAAAUGCAGAUGUCGUCAAGCCUACUUACACCUUUCUACAUAAACAAAGCAGUGGCUGCUACUCACUGUCUAUUACUUCAAGUCCAGAUGAAGAAUGGCGAGAAGUCAGGAACACUGGACCCGUUCAGAAGUUGAUUGUGUAUCCUCCACCACCUACUAAGGGAGGCUUGGGAGUAACUAAUGAAGAUCUGGAAUGUUUAGAAGAAGGAGAAUUUCUUAACGAUGUGAUCAUUGACUUUUACCUUAAGUAUCUUCUUUUGGAGAAGGCAUCAGAUGAACUUGUUGAGCGAAGCCACAUUUUUAGUAGCUUUUUCUAUAAAUGCUUGACAAGAAAGGAAAAUAACUUAACAGAAGAUAAUCCAGAUCUUUCAGUGGCUCAGAGGAGACACAGAAGAGUGAGAACAUGGACUCGUCACAUAAAUAUUUUUAAUAAAGACUACAUCUUUGUACCUGUAAAUGAAUCGUCUCACUGGUAUCUUGCAGUCAUUUGUUUCCCAUGGCUAGAAGAAGCUGUGUAUGAAGAUUUUCCACAAACUGUGUCCCAAGAGUUCCAGGACCAGCAGUCUCAACAUGACAACAAAACGAUAGAUAAUGAUCCACACACCACUUCAACUGUGUUCACGAGUGCAGAGGAGUCCCAAAGUACCGAGACGAGUAUGUCAGUACCAAAGAAAAUGUGUAAGCGGCCAUGUAUUCUCAUACUAGACUCCCUGAAAGCUGCUUCCAUACAAAACACAGUUCAGAACUUGCGAGAGUAUUUGGAGGUAGAGUGGGAAGUUAAACGAAAAACACACCGUGAAUUCAGUAAAACAAACAUGGUCGACCUAUGCCCCAAAGUCCCUAAGCAGGACAACAGCAGCGACUGUGGGGUGUAUUUGCUGCAGUAUGUGGAGAGCUUCUUCCAGGAUCCCAUUGUUAACUUUGAACUUCCAAUUCACUUGGAGAAAUGGUUUCCUCGCCAUGUAAUAAAGACCAAACGAGAAGAUAUUCGAGAGCUCAUUUUGAAACUUCACUUACAGCAACAGAAGGGCAGCAGCAGCUAGUUAAUCUGUGCACACAUGGCACAUGUUCCCUAAGCUUCCUGGAAAGCCGCUUACCAGCAUCUGUGUCAGCUUACAGAGAAGAAAGUAACUCACAGUACAUCAUAAUUGUUACAAUGUAUAUGGUAUCUUGUUUGAGUCGUUGGGCUCUCACAGCUGAAGGUGAUGGAAAAGCACUUAUAAAAUAGAAGAUAAAAUUUCAAAAAUAUGAUAUUUUUAUGACUAAAUAUGCUUGGAUUAUGCAAUAGCAUAUGUAAUGUGGGAAUGUUUUCCUAAGUAAUAAACUAUGUGAUCUGUACUUCCACAUGACUGGGUGUUGAUGGGAGGUAGGCUCUCCCUGGUGCCGGCCCAGUGCUUGUCAGGUUUGCUGACAAGUCACAUCAUAUUGUAAUUCUAUUCUUUGCAGCUCAAGCAUGCAGUAUGAAUACUGUGUAUUUUUUUAAAAAAGAACUUAGUAUCAAGGCUUCAGAAAAUGCCAUUCACGGCAUCUCUUCUGUAUAAUGUGGAAAAAAAUAUCAUUAAAAAUUUACCCUUUCAAAGUGCAGCUUAUUAUUCUCAAUUGUAAAUGCAACUACUUUACUCUAAUUUCCUCCUCCACCUAUUUCGAUGUCAUAUAUAGGGAUCUGAGAAAUGACUUCAUCUGUUCAAUAAAAUGUGAAACAAAUUUUAAUACCAAAUAAGUUUUAACAUACUAUGUAGCUAAGCUUUGUUUAUUUGAGGUAUAGCUAUAUAAAUAUUCAUUCCUACAUUACCCCAGAAUGUGUGUAUACAGUUUCUAUAAAAGAUAAAAUUGGUAUCCUCAUAAUUUUAACAAAGAGAAUACCUUAAACUCCUAUUUAUUAUUUAGAACCAAAUAUGUAAUUUUAUAGUUUGGUUUACCCACUACUCAUCUGCAAAGGCCAGAUUUUUCAUUUCUUUUAUAUUUUUAAGUUAUGGUUUUUAAAGCUGUAUGAUCCUCCAUGGAUCUCACAUAUACAGCACUUAAUAUUUUAUUAAAUGUUCAGGUAACAAUUCUACUGAAUUUAUGUAAUGAUGAUGGUAUUAUCUAGCAAACAUUUUAGAAUCUUAUACUAUCAAAUAUUUUGAGGGAGACAUAGUCGUACUGUUUUCUGAAAUAAUGGAUUUUAGAAUAUUAUUUUAAACAUCUCUUGGAUUUACAAUUAUAACUGUGUAUAAAGCAUUUGAAGUGAAGGUAAUUUAAGGUAAAACUAAGAAGUCUGAAAGUUUUAUUUCCAAUCAAGUGACUUGGGUCUGUCAGUCAGCCUCCCCGUCCUCGGCUUCUGUAGAUCUUGUCUCUCUUUGCAUUGUUCGAGGUACGUGGCUUUUGGAGAUCUCACAUGAAAAUGGUUAUUAAUUGUAUAUUUCAUUCCCAAUUUGUGUGUGUUGGGGAGAAUUUUUUAAAAAGUGGCUGUCAAUUGUGUUGUAUAUCUCAUUUUGGAAAGCAAGUGUGUAAGACAUCUGAUAAUUUCAGAACUUUUCUGUUUGUGUGUUUUUCAAAGAUACCAUGUUCCUUCAUCAUGUUUUGGAGACUGUUUAAAAUUUGUCUUCCUAAAUUCAUGUAGAAAUGAUUUGAGGAUAUCAACAUUUUGUAUUAAACAUGUUUUCAAUUCA